AGGUAGGUUAGGUCAUAGGUUUAUUAAGCAUCUUGCAAGACUGGCCCAGCUCUCAUACCAAAUGAAAAGGAGGAGAGAGUGUAGGUCUCUCUGCUCGAGGCUGAAGAGAAAUAUAGGAACAGCAAUAGGGCAUAUGUCUACCGAGAAUCAACACCUCAGCCCCCUAUUGAUAGCAUGUUCUUUGUGCUAUUCGUGUGUUGAUCACGGAUCUAUGUCUGGAGUAGUUUUCUUCUUUCUAGGAACUUAAGAUGGUCUUUUCUAAGAACUUCAUCCUUCCUAAGAACCACAGUGUUUCUAAAAAAAAAAAAAAAGAAAGAAAGAAAAAAGAGAGAUAAGAAGACUUUACACUUCAGUAGUUAAACAGGACAGAAUACUGACACAAGAUAAGAGAAAUAAGUAAUGUAUCCAAAUUUCCACCGCAGUGUGCAUGCUCACUGAAUGUGUCAGAGGGUGGUUCAGUUUAGAGGAACUGUGAAAGGAAGGAGCUAGUGAACUGAUCUGGUUUUGUAUGUUAAAGCAGCCGAAUGGGAACGAGCAGAACUGGGGUAAUUCCCCUCGGAGGAGCCUCACAGGCUCUGGCACUGCACACGUCUGCCCCCGCACCGGCCUCACUGCCAGGCUGGAGUCCCUCUCAAGCUGACAGACGCAUACAAGCAUUGCAGAGGGACAGGACGUAAACAUGAUCUUUGAUACAUUGGAAAUGCACAACUGCUUCCUCCAGCAUGUCCUCCUGAACACAAUGACCAUAUGAUGACUGUAUGUCCCUCAUCAUUAGCUUAUGGCAUGGCGUAGAGCAGGACUUGGACAUGCCGAGGCGACGAGACGUCCUUGCGCUAGUGCUAAUUGUGCUGCCAUGGACUUUACUCAUCAGCAUGUGGCAUCAGGGUCCUGCCACGCCACAGCCCGUCGCACACAAGAGUAAAUAAAUAUUUAAAUCAUUUCUCUCCAGAUCGCUACGAGUUCUAUAAUGUUUCACAACAUUAAAUGUAUCUAUACAUGGAUAAAAACUACCACAGUUUUCAUUAAUAAGCUAAAAAAUUGUAAUCAUUGGCAAAUUGGUGUGGUAUAAGAGGAAUAAAACACUCUGAGAAGAUCAAAGUAGUAACAGUAACUCCGCUUCAUCACACAACCCCCUGAUUGAUUACUUUCCAAUAAUAAUGCCCUCUUGUGUUUUAUUCAUCAUUUUUUUUUUAAAUAUCCUGGUAUAUCAUGUACAGGAAGUAAUAAACAGCACACCUAUGAUCGUUGAUUUUGUACUUUUGUCUCGCUUUGGUAUUCCAUUGCUGCUCAUUUUUGAUUCCGAUUUAUUUAUUACUCCUCUCACAGAUGGUAGGCAUGAGGUCAUCAGCAUCAACGUACGAAGAAAUCACCUCAAAGAAAAAUGCAUCACGGACAACAGCGUGCUCCGAGAACGUUCGUUUGGGCGUCCUCCACCGUGGUCCGACCUGCUGCCCACAAUCCACGUCAUCACGCCUACCUACACCCGAGCCGUGCAGAAAGCCGAGCUCACGCGCCUGACCAACACGCUCCUGCAUGUCCCUAACCUGCACUGGAUUGUGGUGGAAGAUUCUCCACGCAGGACGCCGCUCGUCUCCAGACUGCUGAGGAGCUCCAUGAUCAAUUACACACACCUGAAUGUGGAGACGCCACGCGUUCACCGGAUGCGCAGGGAGGCGAGGGGUCGUCGUGUGCCACGUGGAACAGUGCAGAGGAACCUCGGGUUGCGCUGGCUCCGAGAAAACCUUGGCAACAAAGCCCGGCAACAGGGGGUUGUGUAUUUUGCUGACGACGACAACACGUACAGCCUGGAGCUGUUUGAGGAGAUGCGUUCAACCCAGAAGGUCUCCGUCUGGCCCGUCGCUUUUGUAGGCGGCCUACGUUACGAGUCGCCUAAAAUCAACAGCCUGGGGAAAGUGUACGGCUGGAGCACCGUCUUCGACCCUCACCGGCCGUUUGCGAUCGACAUGGCAGGGUUCGCCAUCAACCUCCAGCUCAUCCUCAGUAAACCUCAGGCCUGUUUUAAGCUGAAUGGCGUUAAAGGAGGAUACCAGGAGAGCAGUUUGCUGGGGGAGCUGGUCACUCUCAGCGAGCUGGAGCCCAAGGCUGAUAACUGCACAAAGGUGCUGGUGUGGCACACCCGGACUGAAAGGCCUCUGCUGGUGAACGAAGGGAGAAAGGGCUUCACCGAUUUCAACGUGGAGAUAUGAUAAUAGAGAGAGGUAUUUAAAUAUCGACCGCUUAGCAGUUUAUUCGCAACAUCACAGCACAUAACGUGGGACGUUGCAGUAAUGUUCUAAGAUAAAAGUUGCACUGCACGGACUGGACAUCGUACGAAGCCACGGAAUAAACAGCUUAUAAUCACUACUGAACUUCCACUAAGCUUUUAGAAGCAUUUUCCAGCCGCUGUUCUGUAUCAGGACGGAUCUCUGAUUUCUCACGCUGAGGAUCAGCGGCUGAAGAAAAAGGCCGUUGUUCGGCGUGAGUCAGCUCUGAGCAAUAGUUUCAUUAUCACAGCGAUUGUGAACGUCAUGUUUAUCCAAGACACACUGAGCCAUUCAGGUCUAAAUGACACAUACUUUUUUGUUUGGUGUUUUUUUUUUCUUUUCCAGAAUGUCAAGAGUUAUUUCGUUCUCAACACAGAACAGAAACUCAUGGAUAAAAUGUCGGUGUUAAAAAAAUGUUUGGAGUCGUAAGCGAAUCCUUCACACAGGUUACGUACACUGCAUGUGAAAAGAUUGGGGACACUUCACCUUUUCCACUUACAGCGGAAUGAAAGUUUGCACACCCCUAGCACCUCAAUUUUACGUCAGUGUUACAAGUAUUGAAAAUUACACAUUUAGAUAUAGAUUCAGUGCAAUAUACGGUAGUGCAGACCUAGAGACACAAACCUCUCGUGUGGGCGGGGCUUAACAGAGCUUUACUCUCAUUGGCUAGUGAGAUUAAGAUCGACAGCUUUCUGGCCUGGAAGUAAAAACUUCAGUGUGGUGAAUUUUAGAGAGCGUUCUGGAUGCGGUUCUCGGUAUAGUUAUAGUGUUUAUACUUUGUAGUGGAAAUUACUUAGCGUAUUAAUUAGUCAGUAUGUUAGUUCGUAAUUAAUAUGUGAGGAAGUCUCAUAUGACGGUUUUUUCGAGAUGAGCUCUCAGGAACGGUACGGAGCGUCGUCAUCAUGAUCAACUUCCUCCUCAGCUGGACACUCGAGCCGUCGAUACAAAUCUCACUAGGCAAUGAGAGUAAAUUGCUGUUAAGCCCCGCCCACAUGAGAAGUUUGUGCCAGAAUGGUGAACGUAAAGUUGCAGAGCGUAAAACGAAAACGCACCUUAGAAAACCGUUAACAAAGAAUGUUGUUUAUGUGAAGUCCAUGUUAAAUUUUUGCCACUGAGUUUGUUUAGUUUUUUUUUUUUUAUAGAUAUUUUGUUUCAGAGUAUUUUCCUUCUUUCUCACUGUAUAUUUUGUUCAUUUCUUGAAAAGAUACGUUCAAGACUUCUGGCACAAAUUUAAUUCCAUACAAAUUUAGUCCUCAUUUUAUUUUGAACAAACAGAAUUUUUUUUUUAAAUGUAAGUUUAAACUUAAAUGAAAAAAUUCAUAAUUACCAAUGUAAAUUAUUAUCUAAAAAUUGUGUACAGGUGUGCAACCUCAAAUUAUAAUUAUUAACAAAUUUUAAAUUAUUACAAAUAGUGUACUAUGAAAGGAGACGCUUAUUAGACUCGUAUUAGACUCUUUUUUUCUUCCUUUUUGUGGAAUUGAGGAAAAAAAAUCGAUGGAUGAAUCUCAGAUUUGACAUUUUCUUAAAUUAUUAUUGUUAUUAUUAUUUAAAACUUUUAAAAAAAAGGUGCAACCCUCUACUUCUCAUCACCGCCAUAUGACAAUAUAGCAUAGACCUGGAUUUAAAAAACAUCACCAUUAAAAUAUAGUUGGAUAUAGACACAUGACUUUGAAAUUCUUUUUUGAUGAAUGACGAAAGCUGUAUUCUCCUGUUCAGGUUUUUGUCAGGGU